AUGGAACAGAUGUUUGACAAAUUUUUUGACUCCAUCGCUAACCUUUUCGGCGGCGGAGAUUCGAUCCCCUGGUGCGACCGCGACGUCAUCCACGGGUGCGAGAAAGAAGUUGCAGAGGCCAACAAGGGUGACUCAGAUGAGCUGAAGAGCGAAAGCAUAAUGAGGUUAUCGUGGGCACUUGUCCACUCAAAGCAACCAGAAGAUGUGCAGCGUGGAAUUGCCAUGCUUGAAGCUUCAUUGGCCAACACUGGCUCCCCUUUGCAUCAGAGAGAGAAGCUUUACCUUCUGGCUGUUGGAUACUACAGAACUGCUGAAUAUUCAAAUAGUCGGCAUCUUGUGGAGCAAUGCUUAGAGAUUGCUCCUGAUUGGAGACAGGCUCUGACCCUUAAGAAGACUGUUGAGGAUCGAAUUGCUAAAGAAGGCUUAAUUGGAAUAGGCAUUACUGCUAGUGCUGUUGGGCUUAUAGCAGCUGGGAUUGUAGCAGCAUUGGUUCGCAGGUGA